AUGUCGACUCAACAAGAACGGGAGAAGGUCUCUGCUGAGCUGGCCCUCUCAGCCCGCUUCAGCUUCUUUUCCUCGAAGACACAGCAGGCCAUCACCUCGUCAACUUGGGAGGGUCUCUUCCCCAGCGGCAAUCCGGACGAUAUCAUCCAGGAGAAACUGAAAGCUCAUCCAGAGCCGUCACGACCAGUGUGGUGGUUCGACAUCUGCGAUGCUACGAUGGAGGAUGUUGACCUCGUUUCGCAGGAAUUGUCUAUACACCCACUCACAUCGGAGGAUAUCAAGCUUCGAGAGUCUCGGGAAAAGGUCGAUGUCUUCAGAAAUUAUUACUUGAUAUCAUUCAAGACACUCGUCGAGCGUGCUAUUCCAGAUGAGAAUGAUAGACCUGGUAUCCCUUCAUCGGCGUCUGUGUACAUUCUCGUCUUCCAGUACGGUGUUGUCACCUUCUCGCCUAGCGGAUGUACCCAUAUUUCUCAGGUACGCGACCGUAUCCGCAAAAUGCACGAUACCGAGCUAUCCAGUGACUGGAUCUGUUAUGCCCUUAUUGAUGACAUAGUCGACAGCUUCCAGCCAUUCGGUCGCGCCGCAGCCGCCGAAUCCGAUGCGAUUGAAGACCAAGUCUUCAUCGCCCGCAUCGACGACGUCCAAGAACUGAUCCCUCGGAUCGACGCACUCCGGAAGACAAUCACGCACAUCGUUCGCUGUCUAAACGGCAAGGUCGAUGUGCUAAACGGUUUCGUGAAACGCUGCCAUGCUGCCGACAAGGAUCUCCCCGUUUUUCCUAAAGGAGAACUUAUCCUUUACCUCGGUGACGUCCAAGAUCAUCUCGUCACAACACUGUCAAUGCUGGCACAUAUCGAUGAGAUUAUUGGACGGUCACAGGGAAAUUGCCUGGCACAACUCAGUGCUACAAAUUUGCGAAUUAGCUUGACUGUCAACUCGGUUAUGAGCAAGGUUACUAUCAUGGCGACGAUUUUCGUGCCUUGUCAUCUUGUUACUGGUAUGUUUGGAAUGAAUGUUCCGGUUCCUGGGCAGGAUACCAAGGGGUUGAGUUGGUUUUUUGGUAUUGUGGGGGUUUUUGUGGCUUUCAUGAUGAUUUCCAUGGCCGCUGCGGCGAAGUAUAAGCUUCUGUGA